GAACUUGGGUACUUUGAUUUGGCAACAGGAAAUGAUCCAGUUGGAAAUGGAAAAAUUAUAGGAGGCUCGAGUGUCUGUGUUUCCAUUCUGAUCUGAUGAUCGGGAAGCCCCUCUGGUAGCAAACAGCAGGGAAUAGAUAAAGAUCAAUACAGACAACACAAACCCGUAUUUGCACGUAUGGUUUAAUCAUAGUAAGAGAGAGAUGCAUAGCUCCUUCACCGUAACACGAUACAGACAAGAAAAACCCUAGAAUUUGACUUCAAACACUCUAUAUCUUAUACAUGUGUGCAAGAGUGGGAGAGACGCAUUUUAAUGCUCUUCUGUACUGAAAAUCUCCACUUUAGCAACUAUCUUACAUUUAUCCCAACUGCAAAUUUGACCAUUCAGAGAUGAGUUCUUUGACUGCAACAUUGUCUCCGAGCUCGUUCCAGCUCCGAUUAGCUUUCAAUUGUAGAAAACCGUCAACCGUGUUGGUACGGGUGCGUGUUGGGAAGAAGGAUUGCAAUAGACUGCAUUUACUUUCUAUUGGAGGGCAUACUCACACGAGAAACCGUAAUUGGCUGGAAAGGCGCAGUGUUUUGGUUAAUUCGAUUUCUCCAGUGGAUGGAUUCGCUGGAUGGUCUGGAACUGAUGGAGCUGAAACAUCGAGUGAGGCUCCGCAGAAGCAAUCCGUCGCAGGGCUUGUGGGAGCAGGAGUAGCCAGCAUUAUCCUAGUGGCUGGGAUUAUCUUUGCUGCUUUAUCAAUAAGCAAACGCAGCAUGUCCAGAUUGAAGCAGCAUAUGGACCCUUUAACAACCCAACAAGAAAUGUCAGUCAUUGGUGAUAAUGAUCACAAUGAUAGAGUUGAAUCAGAAAAAGAUGCCCUCAAGAAUGAAGUGCAAGAUAGUGACAAUCAAAACAGCGAGGAAGGUAUAGACAAUGAUCCCUUUUUACAUCCAACAAAGUGUGAAUAUGUUGGAAAUAAACUUAAUAACAGUAGCAGUCCGAGGAACACAUUCAGUAAUAAUUACACAAUUGGCAAUGCCUCCACUAAACAUGGUUUUCAUAAUGAAACAGUGAAUGAUAACACUUUAUUUGCAACUGAAGCCAUAUUUCAAUCACCUGAUACUGGAGUUUCGGCAGAAUCUUUCACUCACUCAACCUUUGAUAGUAAAGAAGUCAGUUUUGCUGCUGAAAAAUCAUUAUUAAUAAAUGAACAAUAUGGGGAGAACUUUGAUGACACCAACACAACUUCUGUACCAGCUCCUAGCCCCAGUUCAACAGAUCAAAGCAUGGAUCACAUGGAAGGAGUGUCUGAUUUAGGAGAAACAAGAGACUCUGUCUCUUCAUUUGAUUCACCAACUGCUGAAUCUGUAACCUUUAAUCUCUCAGUAAAUGCAGAGUCUGACACUACUUUAGAACCUAUUAAUACAAGUGAUCAGUAUUUAGAGGCUAAAAGCUCAGUUUCUGCUGAGAAUGUUGAUACGAGCAAUAUGCUAGAGUUUCCAGCUGAAGGAGACGAGUUAUUUCUAGAAGUCCAUAGUGCAAACAGAGAUGAAUUAUCAGGAACAGUGUUGGAGGGCACUGGUGUGGAUCUUUCUGUUAAGAAACAAAAUGAAAAUGCUCAUAAGGAUAUCAAUGGAAGCAGAUCAAGCUAUGAGUCAGUAAAUUCUGAAGCUAUCUUUAUCUCUGCCGGCAUACCUGCUCCAUCUUCUGUCCCUGCAGCUCUGCAGGCACUUCCAGGAAAGGUGCUAGUUCCUGCUGUCAUUGAUCAAGUCCACGGUCAGGCACUAGCUGCGUUGCAAGUUUUGAAGGUUAUUGAGGCUGAUGUUCAACCUGGAGACCUUUGUACUCGCCGUGAAUAUGCCCGCUGGUUAGUUGCAUCAAGCAGUGCUCUAUCAAGGACCACUGUCUCUAAGGUUUAUCCUGCAAUGUAUAUUGAGAAUGUCACUGAACUUGCCUUUGACGAUAUUACAACUGAAGAUCCUGACUUCCCUUGCAUACAAGGCUUGGCUGAAGCUGGUCUCAUCUCCAGCAAGCUGUCAAGACAUGACACACAGUCAUCUUCAGAUGGAGACCAAAGUCCCCUCUUCUUCUCUCCUGACAGUCCUUUGUCACGCCAGGAUCUUGUCAGUUGGAAGAUUGCCCUAGACAAAAGACAGCUUCCUCUGGUUGACCAAAAGACCUUGAGGCAACUCUCAGGGUUCAUAGAUAUUAACAAGAUCCAUCCAGAUGCAUGGCCUGCUUUGGUAGCAGACUUGGCAUCAGCAGAACAGGGAAUAAUAGCCCUUGCAUUUGGGUAUACAAGACUGUUCCAGCCAGAUAAACCUGUGACAAAAGCUCAAGCUGCUAUUGCCCUUGCAACUGGUGAGGCUUCUGACAUUGUUGGUGAGGAGCUUGCACGUAUCGAGGCUGAAUCUAUGGCUGAAAAAGCUGUCACUGCACAUAAUGCUCUAAUAGCUGAAGUGGAGAAAGAUGUCAAUGCAAGUUAUGAGAAAGAACUCUCAUUGGAAAGAGAAAAGAUUGAUGCAGUGGAGAAAUUGGCUGAGGAGGCAAGGCGAGAAUUGGAGAGGUUAAAAGCUGAACGGGAGGAAGAGAACCUUGCCUUACUGAAGGAGCAUGCUGCUGUUGAUUCAGAAAUGGAAGUUCUUUCGAGGUUAAGGCGUGAGGUAGAGGAGCAGCUACAGACCCUUAUGAGUGAGAAGCUGGAGAUUUCUUAUGACAAAGAAAGGCUCAACAAGCUUCGGAAAGAUGCUGAACUUGAAAAUCAAGGGAUAGCAAGGUUACAAUAUGAACUAGAGGUUGAGAGAAAAGCACUGUCCAUGGCUAGGGCUUGGGCUGAAGAUGAGGCUAAAAGAGCUAGAGAGCAAGCAAAGGCCCUGGAGGAGGCAAGAGAACGCUGGGAGAAGCAUGGCAUCAAGGUUGUUGUUGAUAAUGACCUACAGGAAGAAGCAAAUACUGGUGUCACAUGGCUAAGUGCUGGAAAGCAGUUGUCAGUUGAAGGAAGCAUAUCCAGGGCAGAGAAUUUGGUGGACAGACUGAGGGGAAUGGCUGAUGCUGUAAGAGGAAAAUCAAAAGAUACAAUUCACAAAAUAAUGGAGAAGAUACUUUUGUAUAUUUCCGUACUAAGGGAGUGGGCAAUAGUGUUAAAAGAUACUGCCACAUCAAAGAUCAGUAACUCUUUUGAGUCUGUGAAGCACAGCUCUGCUGAACUUGGGUCAACUGUUAGAGAGAGAGUUAAGCGAUUUUCUGUUGAUUGCAGGGAAGGAGUUGAGAAAAUCUCUCAGAAAUUCAGAACAUAAGUCGCCACGCAUCCUUGCAAGCAUCUCUUUUGUACUUUGGUUGGUGAGGAGCUGUAAUUCUUCCCCGGCAAUUUCCUCUGUACUCUUGCAGUCUUGCUAGUUGCUAAUAAAAAUAUUCUUGCAGAGCUCUCAUAAUACGCGAAUUCAGAAUUUGCAGUGAGGUUUGGAAUGGAAAGAUUGCAGUGAUUUUUAGAACUAGAAGAUUGCUAUUUUCGCUUUUUGUUGACUGUGCUCACUUUUCAUCUUUAGAUUCUUAUAUUAUGAUCCAUUUUAUUAAAUGCGACCGAUCUCACAAAUUGAGAUUCAUGAGACGGUCUCACAUGAAACUAUCCCUAAUAAUAAUAGAGUCUCUAUUUAAUUAA